GCGCCCGGCCGCCGCCCGACCGCCAUCGCCCGGGCCCGUCGCGCGCGGACGCAGACCAGGCAAAUCGGGAGCGGUGCCGAGAAAAAUUUCCUUACUAGAUGACAUUUCAUCGCAAUGUCCGAUCGUUUGGGGCAAAUAACCCAGGGCAAGGAUGGGAAAAGCAAGUACUCGACUCUCAGCCUGUUUGACAAGUAUAAAGGGAGGUCAGUAGGCGCAGUCAGAUCCUCAGUUAUUCCUAGACAUGGCUUACAGAGUCUCGGGAAAGUUGCCACAGCCCGGCGUAUGCCACCGCCUGCAAACCUGCCAAGCCUGAAGUCUGAAAACAAAGGAAACGACCCCAACAUCGUGAUAGUUCCCAAGGACGGGACAGGAUGGGCCAACAAGCAGGACCAGCAAGACCCAAAGAGUUCCAGUGUGACAGCCUCUCAGCCGCCGGAGUCGCAGCCGCAGCCGGGUUUGCAGAAAUCUGUCUCCAAUUUGCAGAAACCGACACAGUCUAUCAGUCAGGAGAACACAAGUUCAGUGCCAGGUGGACCAAAGUCAUGGGCACAGCUGAGUGGAAAGCCAGUCGGACACGAAGGUGGUUUAAGGGGCUCAAGCCGACUGUUAUCCUUCUCUCCCGAGGAAUUUCCGACGCUGAAAGCAGCUGGAGGGCAGGACAAGGCUGGCAAAGAAAAGGGCGCCUUAGAUCUGUCGUAUGGGCCAGGACCAAGCCUCCGCCCUCAGAAUGUGUCAAGCUGGAGGGAGGGCGGUGGGCGAAACAUCAUCUCUGCCGUGUCUCUGAGCGCCUCCCCAACAGAGCUGGGCAGCAGAAACUCCAGUGGGGGAGAUGGAGCCCCCUCCUCGUCAUGCACCAGCGAUUCUAAGGACCCCUCUCUCCGCCCGGCUCAGCCCAGCCGCAAAGGGGCCUCACAGUUCAUGGGACAUGUUUACCAGCCGCCCACAUACCAUGACAUGCUUCCAGCUUUUAUGUGUUCACCACAGUCAUCAGAGAACCAGAAUACGGUGGAACGAAGCUCUUUCCCCCUUCCUCAGCUCCGCCUGGAACCCCGUGUUCCUUUCAGACAGUUCCAGAUGAAUGACCAAGAUGGGAAAGAAAGACCAGGUAUGGCAAGGCCUGUGCGCCCACUCAGGCAGCUGGUGGAGCGGGCACCACGGCCCACCAUCAUCAACGCAGAAAAUCUGAAGGGCCUGGAUGAUCUGGACACCGACGCAGAUGAUGGCUGGGCAGGCCUCCACGAGGAAGUGGACUAUUCCGAGAAACUCAAGUUCAGUGACGAUGAGGAUGAGGAGGACGUCGUGAAAGAUGGCCGGUCAAAGUGGAACAACUGGGACCCCAGGCGUCAGAGAGCAUUGUCGCUGAGCUCUGCAGACAGCACCGACGCCAAGCGCACUCAGGAGGAAGGAAAAGACUGGAGUGGAACAGCAGGUGUGUCCCGUGUCGUCCGAAAGGUGCCGGAGCCUCAGCCUCCUUCCAGGAAGCUUCACAGCUGGGCCUCAGGCCCCGACUACCAGAAGCCCACAGUGGGCAGCAUGUUCCGCCCGCAGUCCAUCGAGGACAAGGAGGACAAGCCACCCCCACGGCAGAAGUUCAUCCAGUCAGAGAUGUCCGAGGCCGUGGAACGAGCCCGAAAGCGCAGGGAGGAAGAGGAGCGCCGGGCCCGGGAGGAAAGGCUAGCUGCCUGUGCUGCCAAACUCAAGCAGCUAGACCAGAAGUGCAGGCAGGCCCAGAAGGCCAGUGAGACACCGAAACCAGUGGAAAAGGAGGUCCCCCGACCCCCGGGCAUUGAGAAGCUCUCCCCACCAGAGAAUGGCCCUGUUGUCCACAAAGGCUCCCCAGAAUUCCCUGUGCAAGAAGCACCCACCAUGUUCUUGGAAGAGACACCUGCAACGUCCCCAACAGUGGCUCAGAGCAACAGCAGCAGCAGCAGCAGCAGCAGCAUCGAGGAGGAAGUCCGGGAGGCCGGGUCGCCUGCACAGGAGUUCAGCAAGUACCAGAAGUCCCUUCCUCCCCGUUUCCAGCGCCAGCAGCAGCAGCAGCAGCAGCAGCAGCAGCAGCAGCAGCAGCAGCAGCAGCAACAGCAGGAGCAGCUGUACAAGAUGCAACACUGGCAGCCGGUGUACCCCCCACCUUCUCACCCCCAGCGUACCUUCUACCCACACCACCCCCAGAUGCUGGGCUUUGACCCACGGUGGAUGAUGAUGCCCUCCUACAUGGACCCACGCAUCACCCCGACGCGCACACCCGUGGACUUCUACCCCUCAGCCCUGCAUCCUUCAGGACUGAUGAAACCCAUGAUGCCCCAAGAGUCCCUCAGUGGGACUGACUGUCGCUCUGAGGAUCAAAACUGUGUGCCCUCACUCCAAGAACGAAAAGUGACCGCCAUCGACCCGGCUCCUGUGUGGAGCCCAGAGGGCUACAUGGCACUGCAGAACAAGGGCUACUCACUGUCCCACCCGAAGUCUGCCGACACUCUGGCCAUGGGCAUGCACGUCAGGAAUGAAAGGUCUUACUGUGCCUCCCCCGGAAGGUCAGGGGGCAUAAGUGCCCAGCGCGAUCUCUUUGAGGAGAGAGGGGAGGAGUUCUUGAGUGCUUUUGACAAGAAGGCCCAAGCAGACUUUGACAGCUGUAUCUCUUCUCAAAGAAUAGGCCAGGAGCUUUUAUUUCCACCCCAGGAAAAUGUUCAGGAGGUGGGUGCUCCUGGGGGUUGUACCCCAAACCUCAGGUGUUCCCCAUUGGAGCCUGACUUUGUCCCGGCUGAGAAAAAGCCAGAGUGUGGCAGCUGGGAUGUUGGCCACCAGCCAAAGGCUGCCGACAUGGCCAACAGUGUGGAGCUGGAGGCGCCCCGGCAGGAGCCUUCCUUUCAUGUUUCCUCUUGGGAGAAGGAAGGGAGCCCCAAGAAACAGCCAAACCCAGAGCCCGAGUGGACACCGGAGCCCCGGAGCUCCAGCGGCCAGCAGCAGGAGCAGCCCGGCAGGACCCGGAGGUCAGGGCCCAUCAAGAAACCUGUUCUCAAGGCUCUGAAGGUGGAAGAAAAGGAGAAAGCCCUGGAGAGAGUCAGGCAGGGCCUUGGAGAGGAGAGCUCACAGAGGGCCACAGAGAAAGAACCCCCGUGCAGGGCGGAAGAGGACGAGGAUGAGGAGAACAACCCUGCCCUAGCCAACGCCUCCUCGGCCCUGGAGGAUAAGGCUGCUGCCCGGGGUGGGUUUGGCCAUGAGGCUAGCAAGCUGGAUGAAGAAGCAAAGACUGACAAGACCUGGGAGAGCAGGCCCUCAAGGGAGGCCAGUGAGAUUCCACCACCCAAGAGAAACAACUGGAUCUUCAUCGAUGAGGAGCAGGCCUUUGGGGGCCGGGCCCAGGCCCGUAGCCGUGGCCGUGGUUUCAGAGAGUUCACCUUCAGGGGCGGCCGGUCUACAAGCAGCAGUACAAGUGGUCUUUGUGGCACAGGCGUCCUCGGGUCUCGUGGCAUGUACAGUGGUGGCCAGCGCAGUAACCGAGGCAGGGGCCUGCGUGACUUCCCCCCACCAGAAGACUGCCCCAGAGCCAAGCCAAGGCGGCGCAUUGCCAGUGAGACCCACAGCGAGGGCUCCGAGUACGAAGAGCUACCCAAGAGGCGCCGGCAGCGGGGCUCAGAGCCCAGCCACGAGAGCAUGCUCACGGAGAGGGACGAGGGCGCCCUGAAGGACUCAUGGCGCUCCAACAGGACUUACACAGAGGACCAGGGUAGUCUAGACGCCCGCAGCCGGGGACCCCGGACAUGCGGGAGAGCCCUCCCACCUCGCCUGAGCAACUGCAGCUAUGGCCGCAGAACCUUUGUUGCCAAAGAACCUCCCCACUGGCAGAGCAGGAGCCCAGGCAGCUCCUGGCAGGAAUAUGGCUCCUCUGACCCGUGUGGCCCACGGCGAGCCACUGACAGAGACUACACACCAGACUCCUACCGACACUCUGACACAUUUGGCAGCAGGCUUUUUGAGGACAGCCGCAGGGAGGACAAGAAGUCCUUUUUCCAAGAUGACCACGGGGCAGAUUCUGAAGGUGCAGAAAACAGGCCCUUCCGUGGGAGGCGGCCACCACGUCAAGACAAGCCCCCUCGCUUCCGGCGCCUCCGUCAAGAGCGAGAGUCCCUAGGCCUGUGGGGACCUGAGGAGGAGUCCCACCUGCUGGCAAGCCAGUGGCCAGGCCGGUCCAAACUCUGUCCUGGGGACAAGAGUGGUCCUGGAGGUCACAGAUCCCCAGAGCUUUCCUACCAGAAUUCUUCUGAUCACGCCAAUGAAGAGUGGGAGACCGCCUCCGAGAGUAGCGACUUCAGCGAGCGUAGGGAGCGGCGAGAAGGCCUCGAAGCACAAGGGGAUGGUGGCCUCUCUGGGGCCAGUCUGGGUGAAAAGAAAGAGCUGGCCAAGAGGAGCUUCUCCAGCCAGAGGCCCCUGGCUGACAGACAGAGCUGCAAGCUGGAGCCGGGAGGGUUUGGGGAGAAGCCUGUUAGGCCAGGUGGGGGUGAGACUUCCCCCCGCUGCGAGAGCCAGCAGAGUGGGACGCCUCUGAAAGUCAAAAGGUCUCCAGAUGAGGCCUUGCCUGGAGGCCUUGGAAGCCAUUCACCCUAUGCCUUGGAGAGGACCACUCAUGGCGGCUCUGACGGUGCUGAAACUACCAGUAAGAAAACAGAGAAAGAGGCUUCUUUGGCUGCCCAGAGGGCUGGUGAGCAGGAAGAGGCCCGGAAGCAGUUUGACCUGGGCUAUGGAAAUGCUAUCAUUGACAACUGUGGUUCCAGCCCUGGGGAAGAGAAUGAAGUAGGCUCCAUGGUGGGCGAAGGCUUCAUCGAAGUCCUGACCAAGAAGCAGCGCCGCCUGCUGGAGGAGGAGAGAAGGAAAAAAGAACAGGCUGCUCAGGUCAAAGGUCGAGGCCUUUCCUCACGGAUUCCUCCUCGCUUUGCUAAAAAGCAGAAUGGCCUGUGUCUGGAGCAAGGAGACGUGGCCGUGCCUGGCAGCAGCCUGGGCACUGAGAUCUGGGAGAGCAGCAGCCAAGCCCUCCCUGUGCAGGGCGCCGCCAGCGACUCUUGGAGGACAGCUGUCACUGCCUUCAGCAGUGCUGAGCCUGGCACCUCAGAGCAGGGUUUUAAGAGCAGCCAGGGAGAUAGUGGUGUUGACUUGAGCGCGGAGUCUCGGGAGUCGUCUGCGACCUCCUCACAGCGCAGUUCCCCUUAUGGUACUCUCAAGCCAGAUGAGAUGAGUGGGCCUGGCCUGGCAGAAUCCAAGGCCGACAGCCACAAGGACCAAGCUCAGAAGCAGUCUGAGCACAAGGACUCAGAACAAGGCUCUGGACAGAGCAAGGAACACAGACCAGGACCCAUCGGCAAUGAGCGGUCUCUGAAAAACAGAAAGGGCUCGGAGGGGGCCGAGCGACUGCAAGGGGCCGUUGUCCCGCCUGUUAAUGGGGUAGAGAUUCAUGUGGACUCCGUGCUGCCUGUGCCGCCCAUCGAGUUUGGAGUCAGUCCAAAAGACUCUGAUUUCAGCCUGCCACCUGGGUCUGUUUCUGGUCCCGUGGGGAAUCCAGUCGCCAAGCUUCAGGAUGUCUUGGCUAGUAAUGCAGGACUGACACAGAGUAUUCCCAUCCUUCGGCGGGAUCACCACAUCCAGAGAGCCAUCGGCCUCUCCCCCAUGUCUUUCCCCACUGCAGACCUCACCCUGAAGAUGGAGUCUGCACGCAAGGCUUGGGAAAACUCCCCCAGUUUGCCGGAGCAGAACUCUCCAGGCGGUGCAGGCUCGGGCAUCCAGCCUCCAUCCUCUGUGGGCGCCUCCAACGGCGUCAACUACAGCUCCUUUGGUGGCGUGUCAAUACCGCCCAUGCCCGUGGCUUCUGUAGCGCCCUCUGCUUCGAUGCCAGGCAGCCACCUCCCACCUCUGUACUUGGAUGGCCACGUUUUUGCAAGUCAGCCCCGACUGGUUCCUCAGACGAUACCUCAGCAACAGAGUUACCAGCAGGCCGCCACUGCCCAGCAGAUCCCGAUAUCCCUUCACACGUCUCUGCAGGCACAGGCGCAGCUUGGGCUAAGGGGUGGACUCCCCGCCUCCCAGUCCCAGGAGAUCUUCAGCUCCCUGCAGCCUUUCAGGUCUCAGGUGUACAUGCACCCCAGCCUGUCACCACCCAGCACUAUGGUCCUCUCUGGGGGCACGGCCUUGAAACCCCCAUACUCUGCAUUUCCCGGCAUACAGCCCUUGGAGAUGGUGAAGCCAGAGUCUGGCUCACCCUACCAGCCCAUGAGUGGAAACCAGGCCCUGGUCUAUGAGGGCCAACUGGGCCAGGCUGCUGGGCUGGGUGCCUCCCAGAUGCUGGACUCCCAGCUCCCACAGCUAACUAUGCCACUGCCUCGGUAUGGCUCCGGGCAGCAGCCACUGAUCCUGCCACAGUCCAUUCAGCUGCCUCCAGGACAGAGUCUCUCCGUUGGAGCCCAGAGGAUUCCUCCACCUGGCUCCCAAGCACCAGUCCUGAACACCAGCAGAGAGUCCACUCAGAUGGAGUUGAAAGGCUUCCACUUUGCCGACAAUAAACAGAAUGUUUCUACCGGAGGCUCCGCACCAUCCCCGCAGGCCUACAGGCCUAGCUCUGCUAGCCCCAGUGGGAAGCCCUCUGGAUCAGCAGUUAACAUGGGCUCUGUGCAGGGACACUACGUUCAACAGGCCAAGCGAGUGGAUGAAAAGCCCAGUCUGGGAACCGUGAAGCUGCAGGAGGCCUCUUCAGCCACCUCCCAGAUGAAGCGAACCGGAGCAAUCAAGCCACGGGCAGUCAAGGUGGAGGGGAGUAAAGCCUGAAGGUGCCUGGCAUCUCUUGCCUCACCCUAACAGGGAUGGUGCAUCACACCAGCUUGGACAGCCACCACCUGGGACUUGCCAGAUCCACCGUCCCACUGUCCUACCACCUGGCCUGGACAGAGCUCUCUUCCACUCCCGAAAGCUCCUGAAAGUCCCAUCGUCAGCCAUCCCGCAUCGUGGAUAUAUGGCAUUGACCUGCUUGCUUUGGUACAAAAGAGCAGACGCCCUCCUUCCCGCCCCUCUGCCCGGUGACUGCGGAGCGAGCCUCAGUGCAGCGCAGACCUGCAUGCCCGCCCCGUUCCCUAGGCACAGUGGUUUGGCAGCAGGGUCAUUUUAGCUGGAGGCUUUUUUGUUUUAAAAAGCAGCUAAGGUUUUUACAAAGGGGAAAUGAGAACAAAAUGCUAGCUACGUCUGUAUAGCUGAACUUUUAUACAGUCCUCGCUGUCCUCUCUGCUCUGCUGUCCCCAGUGGUCGCCUUUUAUCUCUGUCCUGUUUGACAUGUCACAGCGCUACCUUAAGAGGUGAUUCUUAAGAGUCAGUCUCUCUCUCUCUCUCUCUCUCUCUCUCUCUCUCUCUCACACACACACACACACACACACACAGGUUGGCUAAUCUUUGGGGUUUGGAGGACAUGAAUGGACACUCUGGUUGGCCCCUAACCAUCUUGGGCACUGUGAAGUUGGUAUCUGAGUUUAGUUCCAGCCGCUGGCAUGGAGUUAAUGUUCCAGAAUAAGAAUGAUCUGUUCUGGGCCCUUCUGCUGUCGUGGGGCACACUGAGUAUUGCACACCAGAGGAAUGUUGGAGUUAGUCACCAUUUUGUAAUCCAGAUUGGCCCCACUCGGGGACUGUGCAUCUAAGGCUCCGUGCUUUAGCCCCUUGGGUGGCUUUGUUCCCCACUCACUUCCUUUCCUCUUUGUGCAGCCUGCUGUGUCCGUCUGGAUCCCUGUCCAUCCAUCCACCCCUCACGGCUUAUCACCAGAAUCAAUGUAAGGACACAGGUAGACACCUGUUAGCCAAGUUUGCCACAGGAAAGACUGUGGCACUCAUCUUGUGUCCUUCACCCCUGGCAGCAGGGCAGGGUGUUGGGGGUACGGUUGCCAAGCAACAAGUGUGUUACCCUUCCUUAGAGAACUGGGCAGGGUCAAGGUAUAAGAGGGCCUGCAGAGAAGCCUAUACAGCCUCCCUCAGAGGGUGGCGUCUUCGACUGCUGCUGUUUGUGUGAGCUCCUUUGUGCAAAGCUUCUUGCUUCCACCAAGAACGAGGAAGUUUCCCCGUUGCUCAAAGGAGAAUGAAGGGGGAUUUCAGGGUGCUCAGCUGCUGUCUGGGAUCCCCAUUUAAUCAUCCGCCUGGGGAUGCUGAAGACUGACUGCUUCAGAGAGCUCACAGUUGGACAAGGGCUGGGACAAAUGUGUGGGUCUGUCCUCAAGUGUCACCAGGGGCAUGAGAGCAGAGAUGCAGCUUAGGAGCUCUGAAGUGGUUUCGCCCUGUCUAGUUGGUUGCUGGAAGGAAGCACGUCUCCCCAGCAUUGCCAGACAGGGCAGCCUUAGUGCAGAGUUCCAUUGCAACUGCAGCAGCCCGCUCCUUCCUCUCGCCUCUGCUCUCCGACCUUUGUCCACUCGUCUGUCCCAUCUCUUCUCUUGCAUCCCUCCUCAAAAGCACUCCACUGAGGAGUCGCUGACACAGAUCUGCCUGUGCCCCCUGCUCUCCCAUCCCUGGAAGUGUCUGGUUACUGUCCCAGUGAUUGAGUCCUCUGCCCCACUGCCAAGCUCUACCCUGUAAGACUCAGUAAAAGCCACACACAGUCACCUCUACCUGUCCUCCUUAGAAAUGCGGCCAGACCCACCUCACCUAAUGCUUGGUGGGCAUGUGUCAAAAGAAGCAAACAUUUUCUCCUUCAGAAUUUUCACAGGAUGCUGUUACAAACUCAAAGUGUGCCCUUUAGGUGAGCCUGCUGUCAGAAUGGCAGUACUCCUGUUAAGAAAAAUUAGGAGGUCACCUGUUUUCAGUCCUUUCUCACCCUGUAUUUCCCUCCUGCCUCCCACCCUAAAUAAAAACAAGAAACACUAGAAUUUAUUUAUAUGUAUUGAUGUUGUAGGUCUAGAUGGAAAAAAAAGUAAAUGUCCCACUGCUCUGUUUAUAUAAUGUCUGAAUUACUCUGCAGGGAAGGCCAGGAAAUUGCAUGUGAAGUUUGGUGUGCUCACCACCUCUGUGGUCUCAGCUGUGGGCCCCUCCCCUCUGAGAGGCACAUUUGCAACUAGACUCUGGGGACAGAGGGCAGGCUUCAGGCCAAAGGUCCCUGCCCUCAGAUGAUCUGGUUAAGCCAAGGUUUUAGCACAGAGGUUUUAAGGUGCAAUAUCUAUCUCUUCAUGUGGUUGUUAGAGUUGAGCUCAAAGUGUAAUAGGACUUGGGCCUUAUUUUGGUUUCAAACCCCCAUCUUCAGAUCACACAUAAAAACAGGAACGUCUGUCAAGGUGCCAUGGCCUUUGUGGGAACAGAUAAAGCCCAGUCCCUGCCUUUUUUACUGCUGAGAUGGGUGGAGGUGGGCAGAAUCCUUUACUCCUGUCUGCUGAAGCCACCUCCUCCUGCCAGUGGCUUUACUGGUGCCACUGACGGUGAAAUCCAUGGUUUGGCAACCAGGACGCUUCAGUCUGUUGGUCCUGAUGCAGCGUGUAGCAUCUGUUGGUGAUGACUUCCGCCAGCUGCAUUUAGUCUCGUCUCUCAGCAGUUGCUUUCCUUGUCUUAUUCCCAAGUUUACCAUCUUCAAGUUCAGAGUUCACAGGACACUUCUGGGUCUGAUUCCUUAAGGGGAAUAAAUAGCAGAUGGCUGCUGUGCACGUUCAGAAAAGCUGGUUCAUUUUCAAAGCCAGGGCUGCUCUGCUGCUUCUAGAUUCUUGGUUAAUGUGUCAAUGUCAACCUUGCCGUUCUGUCUUCUGGAGCCACCUUCCAGAGGGUCCAUGAUGAAGUCAUGAAGGAUCUGACACCUAGGGCCCAGGGCACAAGGGUGUGCCCACUGAGGCCAUGAGGCAGCUCUGGCUAAGUCUGCCCCGAAACAUCCUGCAUGUUUCCUUUCAGUCUACCUCGCCCUCAUUCCCAGCAAGUCUGGGUUAGAGGGUCCGGGGGAAUCUUACAAGCAAGGGUACAGAAGUCCAUCUUCUGUUUUCUUUGAUGAGUGGGGAAGCGAGCUCUUUUGUGAGAUGGCUCUAAGACCAGUUAGGUCAUUUGGAACAGAGUCAUCAGUGUUGGUUGGGGACGAGCACAGUCGCCCAGCUGUGCUCUCCACUAGGCUCUGACUAGUGAUCUUCCAGGCGCAUGACACCUGCAGCUCCCAGUUGCCUGCUUCAGACCUGCAGCGUCCCCAGGCCCCGUCUUUGGCACAUCACAGUCCCGGAGCAGCAGGUCCUGUGCAGGCUCUGCAGGCUCCCGUUGGAAAGCCUCAGCUGCUUUCCAACUCACACCUUUUGUAGAAAAGGACUUGGGGGGUUGUUCUUUUUGAGGGUCCUUUUGUUUCUUUUGCUUUUCUUUUGGCCUUCCCUCUGUCUUUCACUUAGACCAGCUAUCUGAAAGGGCAGACGAUGCUAAAAGUGUCCUGUGCAGCUUGUUUAGACGUGAUAUGGGGAACCUCUUACUUCGGAUGGGAAAUGGAAUCGUGAAUUCACCCUCCCUUCCCUCCGGGUCAGUCCCUGUUGUUUCUCCUUUCAAAUAUGUGAUUGUACUAGGUCUUUCCAUAUGAAAGAACUCUCCUUAUUUAAAUAAAAAAAGUCUAAAAAAAAAUAAAGCCAAACAUGCUUUCUCA